CCUCCUCUCAUUCUCCCUCAGCCUCCAGGCUCCAUCUGAUACCUCUCUCACUUGGCUCCCUGGACCAGCAGCCAUGGCUGACAUGAAGACAGGCAUCUUCGCUAAGAACGUGCAGAAGAAGCUGAGCCGGGCGCAGGAGAAGGUGCUGCAGAAGUUAGGAAAAGCAGAUGAAACAAAAGAUGAACAAUUUGAGGAAUAUGUGCAGAACUUCAAAAGGCAAGAGGCAGAAGGCACCCGGCUACAAAGGGAAUUACGUGCAUAUUUGGCUGCUAUUAAAGGCAUGCAAGAAGCCUCUUUAAAGCUUACAGAAUCUCUUCAUGAAGUGUAUGAGCCUGAAUGGUAUGGGAGAGAUGAUGUUAAAUUGGUAGGAGAGAAAUGUGAUGCACUUUGGGAGGAUUUUCAUCAAAAAUUAGUGGACGGAGCCUUGAUAACACUUGAUACCUAUUUAGGACAGUUUCCAGACAUCAAGAACCGAAUUGCCAAGCGGAGCCGAAAGCUUGUUGAUUAUGACAGUGCAAGACAUCAUUUGGAAGCAUUGCAGAACGCCAAGAGACGAGAUGAAGGGAGGAUCACAAAGGCAGAAGAAGAGUUUCAGAAGGCACAGAAAGUGUUUGAAGAUUUCAAUACAGAUUUACAAGAGGAACUGCCAUCUUUAUGGUCCAGACGAAUUGGUUUCUACGUGAACACUUUCCAAAACAUAACCGGCCUGGAGGCAAAGUUUCACAAGGAAAUCACAGGGCUUUGUCAUAAAUUGUACGAAGUUAUGACCAAAUUAGGAGACCAACAUGCUGAUAAGGCCUUUACUAUUCAAGGAGCACCAAGUGAUUCUGGACCACUCCGCAUUGCAAAGACCCCAUCUCCACCUGAAGAGGUGCCUCAGAUACCUAGCCCAGUAGCAAGUCCCAAUCACACAUUAGCACCAGUCUCGUCGCCUGCACCAGCACGGCCUAAAUCUCCUUCGCAGCUGAGAAAAGGCCCUCCUGUACCUCCAUUACCUAAGCUCACUCCAUCAAAAGAACUACAACAAGAAAACAUUAUUAGCUUCUUUGAAGACAACUUUGUCCCUGAGAUCAAUGUGACGACGCCUACACAGAAUGAAACUGCAGAAGAGAAGAAAGAAGAAUCUUUGCUAGAUCUGGACUUUGAUCCAUUCAAACCAGAAAUGGUGUCAGCAGGAAUAGCACAAUCUCAUUCACCGAUGUCCCAGACAUUACCAUGGGAUCUCUGGACGACUAACAAUGAACUAGUACAGCCAGCUUCCAGUGGUGCAUUUAAUGGAUUCACACAGGCUGAAGCUCACACAUCCCUCUUCACAAUGCAAGAAGAACAAAGUGGCAGUGAAGUGAUGGUGGAGUCAGAUGUAGCUGCCCCUGUGGAAACUAAGGCUGAAGAGGCACAAUCUACCUCUGAUCUUCCUCUUGAGGACACUAAAGUUGAGGAGCAAACAGAACUAGUAGAAAAGACAAUGGAAACUGCUGAACCUGAAGAAAUCAAGGCAGCUGAUGAAGCUGACACAGAGGGCAGCAAGACAGAACCUGAGACCAAAGAAGAAAAACUUGAUGAACCGAUUCCAAGUGCUGCUGCAGAAGAAGAAAAAGAAGAGGAAGAAGAAGAAGAAGAAAAAGAAGAAGAAGAAGAAGAAGAAGAAGAAGAAAAAGAACCAGAAGUGGACAGUGAUAAAGAUACGGAAGUAACUCAGGACAUUCCAUGCAUACCGUCAGUUGUGAUAGAACCAGCGUCUAACCAUGAAGAUGAAGGUGAAUAUGAAGAUAGUGCUAUCACACAUGCCAAAAAUGCUAUUGAAGAUAAAGAUGAAUUUGAUGCCAUCCAAGAAACAUCAGUUGUGCAGGAUGACAGCACCGUCAAUGACACUGAGCAACUCCCAACAACUGGGAGUAGCACAUCCCUGACGAUCCCUUCUGGCUUCCUAUACAAGGCUGAAGCGCUACAUGAUUUUGAAGCAGCAAAUGAUGACGAACUCAACCUUAAGAGAGGGGACAUUGUUUUGGUUAUCAGCUCUGCAGCUAUGAAUGAUCAGGAGGCUGGAUGGCUUACUGGCGUUAGGGAAUUGGACUGGCAACAGUACAAAGAUACUGCAUCAUACAAGGGACUUUUUCCAGAGAAUUUUACUCGUAAAUUAGAGUAAUUUAAUCAAAGAUACAAAGGUGUUGAACAUUGGACGCGUAAUAUUUGGGUUUAUCAAUCUUCUGAGAAGACAGGUACAAUUGAUGCCGCCCUGUUAACUGUUAAAGACUGAUGCCUAUCCCAGAAAAAGCUUGGUGACCCUAUGAGAAACAAAGGAGCAUGAAAGUAAGAAGGAAGCUAUAUUCUACUGACUUGUAAAUGGAACAAAGUCCAUGGUGUUUACCUGUAUGCAACCAAUGGUUUGUGUGUGAUUUUUCAGAACAAUGGUUAGGUGAAAGAUUUAUUUCUGGUACACAAGUAAAAUGAAACUUUAGCAAAACAUGAAGAGAAUUAUGCCCAUGGCUGCAAUCCAGCAUCAUCAGUGAAAUGUAUUUCUUGCACUGCUAUGCUCUUAUAUCUAUAUUUAAUAUUAUCCAGCAAUGGAUGGUUCUACAGACAGAAGUGACACUAGGAGAGUCCACAGGAUUUCUACCAAGUUUCUUCCUAGGUUUAUAAUCUUCACAUCUGACGUUUGAUAGCGACUCACUUUUGCCCUUUCCUCAGACAUGAUGAGUGACUCAAUAAACAUCCUGACUAAUAAUAACACACUUUGCAUUGCCUAAUGUUGAGUACAUUAAAAGUAAAAAUCUUUCACUUUAACACAGUAUGUGUUUAGUAUAUUGUGACUUGUUAAGUGGGACUAAGUUUUGAUCUUUUUUCAGCAUACAAACCUUAAACUUCUGUGCACUGAGUCUAUAUUGUAUUGAAUUGCUGCAUUGCAGAAGAUUUUUACUAGUAACUGUAUAGUAAUGAGAGCAGAAUGAACAAUACCCACACGGUUUAAAGUCUUAAAACUGAAGAACUGCUGCAAACCUCUUUUCUUUCAGUGUCUUUUACGGACAUAUCUUAUACAGUUACGUAUCACGUAUGUUGUCCUUUAUUGUAGUUUCUUGAGUCUGUAGUAUCAUUGAAAAGUGCUUUGCUUUUUACUCUUUUUGGCAUUGUAGUGUUUACUAGUUUGAUGCUUUAAGGCAUAACUAGCUUCCUUUGCCAAAGCAUUCAACUAUGUCGUCAUAAAUAAUGUGACACUUUCAUUAUAGCACUGGCAGAAAGUGAGCGUGGCAUACAUGGACAGCUGAUGGGCCUGUUUAGUUUACAAAACAUUACCAUCAUUUAUCCUGGAGAACAAAAUAUAUAUUUUACCAGCACACACGUACUAAAUGAUUUCAAUUAUAUGAUGUAUCCUGUAUGAAAAUACCAUAUGUAUCUAUUAUGUUUUUUCAAUGUCGUGUCAUCCCUAAUAAAAAAUUUUGCUCAAUCACAAAA